AUGGAUUUAAAAAAUAUUAACGAAAAUGUUUUCCCAAAUCCGAAAAGACUGAAAAUUGGAUUGGAAAAUAUUACACUUGAAAAAGAAUUACAAAGUGAACUGAUGAUUAAAAGUGAAACUUUAGAUGAAAAUGCUGUAGUGAAAGUUGAACGAAGUGAAAAUGAUACACCAGAAGAAAAUUGUAUGAAAGUUGAACGAAUUGAAAAUGAAACAUCAGAAGAAAAUUGUAGUGAUGAAAAUGAUUUGAAUACAAUUAAUUAUGAAAAUCUGAAACUUGAAAAACAAUCACAUAGUGAACUGAUUAUUAAAAGUGAAACUUUUAAUGAAAAUGUUGUAAUGAAAGUUGAACAAAGUGAAAAUGAAACACCAGAAGAAAAGUGUAGUGAUGAAAAUGAUUUGAAUACAAUUAAUUAUGAAAAUCUGAAACUUGAAAAACAAUCACAUAGUGAACUGAUGAUUAAAAGUGAAACUUUAGAUGAAAAUGCUGUAGUGAAAGUUGAACGAAGUGAAAAUGAUACACCAGAAGAAAAUUUUGAACAAAGUGAAAAUGAAACACCAGAAGAAAAGUGUAGUGAUGAAAAUGAUUUGAAUACAAUUAAUUAUGAAAAUCUGAAACUUGAAAAACAAUCACAUAGUGAACUGAUUAUUAAAAGUGAAACUUUUAAUGAAAAUGUUGUAAUGAAAGUUGAACAAAGUGAAAAUGAAACAUCAGAAGAAAAUUGUAGUGAUGAAAAUGAUUUGAAUACAAUUAAUUAUGAAAAUCUGAAACUUGAAAAACAAUCACAUAGUGAACUGAUGAUUAAAAGUGAAACUUUAGAUGAAAAUGCUGUAGUGAAAGUUGAACGAAGUGAAAAUGAUACACCAGAAGAAAAUUGUAUUGAACAAAGUGAAAAUGAAACACCAGAAGAAAAGUGUAGUGAUGAAAAUGAUUUGAAUACAAUUAAUUAUGAAAAUCUUACGAUUGAGAUACAAUUACAGAGUGAACUGAUGAUUAAAUGUGAAAAUUUAGAUGAAAAUGCUGUAAUGAAAGUUGAACGAAUUGAAAAUGAAACACCAGAAGAAAAUUGUAGUGAUGAAAAUGAUUUGAAUACAAUUAAUUAUGAAAAUCUGAAACUUGAAAAAGAAUUGCAUACUGAGGUAAUGAUUAAAGACGAAAUAAUGAUUGAAAGUGAUUUAGUACAGCAAGAUGAAAACGUAAACCCGUUUUCAUGUGAAAUUUGUAAAAAAAUCUUCCUUAAUCGUUAUAAGUUACUUCGACAUAAAAUAGUUCAUAGUGAUACCAAAUCAUUUUCAUGUGAUAGCUGUAGUAAAGCAUUCAGUCGAAGAGAUAGUUUAGUUCGGCAUAAAAAAAUUCAUAGUAGAGUCAAGCCAUUUUCAUGUGAUAGUUGUGAUAAAACAUUCACUCAAAGUUGUGAUUUAUUUCGACAUAAACAACACCAUAAUGAACAGAAAUUAAUUCCAUGUGAUACCUAUGAUGCUGAUAUUAAAGAAAGAUCAGCACUAUUGGUAAAAGAUAAACAAACCGGUGAUAAUAUGAUGACCAGCGAAGAAAGAAUGGAAGAAAAUGAUUCAAUGAAUUCAAUAACGGAUAUUUUAUCAACUACAAACCAAAUGUGUUGA